UUGGACCCUACUCAUAACCCACGUGUAACUACAAUACACAUCAUUAUCGAAGCUUCAACUGAGCAAUCAGCUUACUCUCAGUAGCAGAAACCACCUGGACGAAGAACUCAUGGCUUCCAUUUCUCUCUCUGUCACUCCAAACCCUAACCCUAAGUUAAAUGGCGUCGGAGCAUCUCUUCCCAGGCCUUUGUUGUGCAGUUUCGCCUUCAAUUCAAGCUUGUUUGGUUGCAAAUGUGUCGACAAAUCAUUGUCACUGUCAACCAAGAAAGUCCACAUCAAUCCAUUCAAAGCCCUUCGUGUUUCUGAUUCCAACCCGAUCGCUGCGUCCCAUUCUUUCGAUGUGGUAGUGGCCGGUGCCGGAAUCAUUGGGCUGACGAUCGCCCGCCAGUUACUUCUCGGGUCGGACCUAUCCGUCGCCGUGGUCGACGCAGCCGUGCCGUGCUCUGGCGCUACUGGUGCAGGACAGGGCUAUAUAUGGAUGGUACACAGAACUCCUGGGAGUGAGACAUGGGAGUUAAUAACAAGAAGCCGUAAACUGUGGGAGAUGUUGGCAGAGAACAUUCAACUUCAGGGUAUGAAUCCUCUAGAGACACUCGGUUGGAAGAAGACAGGCAGCUUAUUAAUUGGUAGAACCCCUGAAGAGUGUGACAUGCUAAAAAGAAGGGUGGAUCGGCUUUCUGAAGCUGGGCUAAGAGCAGAGUUCUUGGGUAGCUGUGAUUUGCUUUUAGAGGAACCUGCACUUUUGGUUGGAAAGGAAGGUGGGGCGGCCUUUGUACCUGAUGACUACCAAUUGGAUGCUAAACGUACGGUUGCAUUUAUUGAGAAGGGUAACAGGCAUUUUGCAUCAGAAGGAAGAUAUGCAGAGUUCUAUAAUGAGCCUGUGACUUGUUUAUUAAGAUCUGGUGGCUGUGGGGAGGUUGAAGCUGUUCAGACUACCAAGAACACCUUGUAUAGCAAAAAGGCCGUUGUAGUUGCUACCGGUUGUUGGAGUGGGUCUUUGAUGCUUGAUCUGACUAGGGAUUCUGAUAUUGAUCUUGCUGUCCCUGUAAUGCCUCGAAAGGGUCACCUGCUUGUGCUAGAAAAUUUCAGUUCCUUACAACUGAAUCAUGGUCUGAUGGAGAUGGGCUACAUUGGUCAUAAAGUUGUGACACUGGAUUCUUCAGUUUCUGCUUCAGGAUCAACUCAUACACAAACUUCGUCUAUUUCAAUGACAGCCACCAUGGAUGCGUCGGGAAACCUUGUUCUUGGGAGCAGCCGCCAGUUUGUUGGGUUCAAUACAGAAAUGGAUGCGUCCAUUCUCAAUAAUAUAUGGGAUCGGGCUGGGGAGUUCUUUCCCACUUUAAGAGAAGUAUGUUUGAGUGAUUUCAGCAAAAGCAGAGAAGUGAGAAUAGGAUUAAGACCUUAUAUGCCUGAUGGUAAGCCAGUGAUUGGGCCUGUUCCUGGUUUGUCAAAUGUGUUCCUUGCUGCUGGGCAUGAAGGCGAAGGACUUACAUUGGCUUUGGGGACUGCUGAAAUGGUUGCUGAUAUGGUGUUAGGCAAUCCUGGAAAAGUUGAUCAUGCACCUUUUGCCUUGCAAGGUCGAUGUUGAUAAAAAUUGCACCAGAGGAAAAAAAGUCCGUGGCGAUGCUUGCUUUCGAUUUUGUGGACUACAUGUUUUAGAUUACAUUCUCAAGCAUCUCAAGGUCACUGCACCUCACUUCAUAAUUGUGUCUUCUAAAUGUGGUGCUUUCUUGAGCAGUUUCAACAUUCUCUCUCCAUUUGGUAUGUUAGUUUGAUUAUCAUCGCUCCAACAAAUUAACAUCUAUCUAUUUUGUUUCCUCUGCUUAUAUUGGGCACAUGUUUUGGAAGAAUUGUACUAAAUGUAAUAAUAUGUUUUCUUUGAUUAGAUGACAUGCAUAUGCAUGUUCUGUGUUUAUGUGCUGGCCAAUUCGAAUGCAGUGUUGCUGUUCUAGAUUCGAAUAUGUUCUGGCCCACUUGCUUGAAAUGUUGUGAUUCUAUAUUCUUUUUAUCUAACCUAAUGGUUAUAAGAGUUGUAACUUUCUAUUAUUCAUCUAAA